GAAGGGCGGAAAAAAUAGCCAUGUCACGUGAUCAAUAUGGGGCGAACUUGGAGACAAACAAAAUAGAACUUCACUUCCUUUACUUCAUGAAGUUCACUUAAGGGGAGACAAAAUGUUCCAGAAGAUGAACACAACUUAUGGACGCAGUGUCACGGUCAAGGCUGCCUUCUUCAAACGAGUUUGAAGAGUGUUGGAGUGGUGGGAUAACUUGAGGAAAAGGGAAGCGUCAACAACCGGUCGUCCUUCCUCUUUCUACCUCCUUAUAAAACGUUCCUCCUCAGGGAUGACAGCCAGCACCCCCAGCUACCUGUGGUCCUUACAGGAUGUCCUGGGUCAAGGGGCAACUGCCUAUGUCUUCAAGGCUCGAAAUAAGAGGACGGGCGAGUUAGUAGCCGUCAAGGUGUUCAACAUGGCGAGCUACAACCGCACUCACGAGGUCCAGAUGAGGGAGUUUGACAUGCUCCGGAAGCUCAGCCACAGGAACAUCGUCAGGCUUUACGCUGUGGAGGAGUUGCCCACCAAACAGAAGGUGCUCGUGAUGGAAUAUUGCUCUGGAGGAAGUUUGCUCAGUUUGCUUGAGGAGCCAGAAAAUGCCUUUGGCCUGCCUGAGACCGAGUUUCUCAACGUGUUGCAGUGUGUUGUGCAGGGAAUGAACCACCUACGAGAGAACGGUGUGGUACACCGGGAUAUUAAACCAGGCAACAUUAUGCGUCAGACAGGAGAUGACGGCAGGUCUGUCUAUAAGCUGACGGACUUUGGAGCAGCGCGAGAGUUGGAGGAUGACGAGAAAUUUGUGUCCAUCUAUGGCACUGAAGAAUAUCUGCACCCAGACAUGUAUGAGCGUGCGGUGCUCCGUAAGCCUCACCAGAAGUCCUAUGGCGUGAGCGUGGACCUGUGGAGCGUGGGUGUAACAUUUUACCACGCUGCCACGGGGAGUCUCCCCUUUGUACCGUACAGAGGGCCCCGUAGGGACAAGCAAACCAUGUACAAAAUCACCACAGAGAAACCUGCAGGGGCCAUUUCUGGAAUACAGCAGGUUGAGAAUGGACCAAUAGAGUGGAGUUCACAUCUACCCCACAGCUGCCAACUGUCAGAAGGUCUCAGGAUGCAUCUUGUUCCUGUACUUGCUGGUAUACUUGAGGCGGAUCAGGAGAGAUGUUGGGGCUUUGACCAGUUCUUCACUGCCACGACUGACAUACUACAGCGGCAGCCAGUGCACCUCUUUGCUCUCCAGCAGGCUAUGGCGCACUGCGUCUACAUACACCAUUACAACACGGUGUCUGUCUUCUUUGAGGAGGUGGCAUCGCAGACUGGGAUUGAUGUCCCACACCAACAACUGCUCUACUUGGGUCAUGAACUCCCACUCGAGGGCAACAUGAAAGUGGUCAACCUCCCUAACACGACACGUGACCGGCCCCUCAUCCUGGUCAGUCACAGGCCAGAAACAGACUGCAACCUGCCCUUCAGAGAACCAGAGAUUCCAAUCAUCCCUUCCAAGUUUGAUGUCAAGGCAGACUACAACUUCUCCAAGGUCAUAGUGGGAGUGGUACACCAGUAUCUCAGGAUAGUACAGCUGCUGCACUCACACAGAGAGCUUCUGCUGGAAGGAUAUUACUGUUACAUGAUGAGGUUGUGCACGGAAUGUGGAGAAGCUAUGCAGAGUAUUGCAAAGAUCAGCAUUAGACUGAAGUCCUGCCUCAAUGUGCAACACAGGAUCAUCACCCUUUCCAAUUUUUGUUAUGUGUUAAGAGGUCAUCGGACUUUCGAAAACAUGGAUGCAGCUGAUAAGAAUGACAGGUUGCAGCAGGUCAAUGAGCACCUGCCUAUGUACGCUGCAGGCAUCCAGGAUUUUCAAAACCGCCUGGAGCGUUUACAGAUAGAGCAGGCCAAGCUAGCAGAAGCCCAGGCCAGUGAGAACAGGUGUCAGAGAAUGCAGAUGCUCCUCCAGAAGAUUAUGUCGAUUCAUCAACUUUACCAUAAAGACAAACACCCGGGCAAGUUGCCAUAUAAUGAUGAACAAAUACAUAAGUUUGAGAAAAUCCACCUGUGCUCGUACAUCAAGCAAGUGAAAUCUCUCUUCAGAGAUGACUGUGUGCAAAGAUACAAGGAGCUCGUGGUCACCACCAGGACAUGGAGCAGUCUUUUACUAGAAAUGCAGAUCCAUCUGCGGUACUUCAGGUCCUUCUCCACGGGCUUGUUGGCUGACCUGGAGAUCACUGAGCAGCACCAGAACAAAAUUCUGGACAGGAUGUUGGUCACACUGCAGACGAGUAAAGCAGGACAGAAGCAGCAGGAGGUAUCACCCAGGGACAAGGAUGAAAUGGUGUCCAGGAUGUACCACCUUAAGGAAGAAAUGGAAAUUCUUGUCCGGGAACUGCAGUGUAACAACGCCAUUAUUGAGAGUCUCGGGGCAGUGAACUCUGCAUCAGCUGUAGACCCGAGCUUGUCCCGGCCUGCUACACUGUGACCGGCAGCUAGUUUUAAUGUCUCAUUAACAGAUGCUGAUUGACUGCCUGCUGCAAGAAGGAGCUGAAGAAAGCAGAAUGGGAAC